AUGUUGGGCGCUCUCCAGUUACGCGGGGUGCUUGGAGCCCUGCUUCUCAUCUCCCCUGUCCUGGCUCACGGCGACCAUGAACACGUCCCCGAAGGUGCCGGUGUCUCCGAAGACCCUAUUGACUCGACAUUAUGGAUUCAUAUGAUUCUCAUGGGAUUGUCCUUUGGGAUUAUCUUCCCCUUGGGCAUGGUACUCGGUAUUAUUCGGUCACGAUGGCACGUCCCUGUCCAGGUUAUCGGAACCGCUAUCGCCAUUGUUGCGUACUUCCUUGGCCAUGCGCAUAAGGGCCGCCAAUUCGCGAAGAACGUUCACGCCUCGUUCGCAAACUGGCUGAUGUUCUUCUUAGCCGCGCAAGUUAUUCUCGGGAUUUAUCUUAAGCUACACAUCGAAAGGGGUAUUCUUGGGAAGUUCCGGAAGGUCCUCGUUGUCCUCCACGGCAUCCUCGGCAAGGCGAUGCCGAUUCUGAGCUGGGUACAGAUGCUGUUCGGGGGGAUCACUUCGUUGGGAUUCUGUCGUGAUGACCAUCUCGGACAGUGCUUGGCCCACUUUAUCAUGGGCAGUGCUUUUAUCGCCUACGGCAUCCUGCUUACUAUUUUGCUGCUUGUCGGCCAGUACUGGCUGCGCCGCACCGGCCGCAGCCAGGAGUUUUUCGACUCUCUGGUUAUUGCGGCGUGGGGUUGUGUCAACACCUUCACGGAACAUCGGUGGGGCGGGCCUUGGGUUCAUAACGAUCUCCAACACACUACUAUGGGUAUCGUCUGGUGGUGUGCUGGUCUGUUGGGUAUCUGGCUGAGCCGGAAGCGAAACGGCCGACCCAAGAGGAAUCUUAUCCCGGCUAUCGUUAUUCUUCUUACGGGUUAUGCCAUGUCCGGUCAUCCGCAGCACUCAAUGAUCAGCACCAUGGUUCAUACCAUUUUUGGCUACACGUUGAUGGCGGCUGGUUUGACUCGAAUCAUUGAGAUCUCCUUCGUGCUGAGGGACAGGAGCAGUGUGAACGCAGAUGGCUCGGAUCCUAACAGCUUCCAGUACUUGACGCCUUUCCUACUAUAUGCCUCCGGAUUCCUCUUCAUGGGCGCCACUGAGGAGCAGAUGAUGCUUCUUGAAAACGCCGGAGUCACGCACGUCUCGUACAUCCUUAUCCUCUACAGCAUUGCGUUCAUCCUCUUCCUAUUCGUAAACAUUCUCCUCCACAUCUAUGCCGUCCAUGCCUGGCCCGAAUCCGCAGACCCUGCAGCCCCUUCCCACUCCCGCACCAGCACCGACCAGGUUCCCUCCGGCUCUAUUGCCCUUCCGAACGGGCCCGGCAGCAGCCGAUUCACGCACAUGAAUGGCCACGCCCGCUCCCCCUCUGAAGCGCAGCGCAUCCAAGACGCCGAGACCUUCGAGCUCCAGGGUCUUAUCUCAGAUGAGGAAGAAGAUGAGGAUAAGGUUCCGCCUUAUGAGGGAAGGAGAAAUGGCCCUGGCCCGAGGAAGCCUGAAGAUGAGGAGAGUGCGCCGCUCUUCAGGAAAGACCGGGAUUAA